CUUCUUUUGUCGUGAAGAUUUCUUUGAUAAAGGAUAGGGAAGCUUGCCAUUCUUCGUGCUCGGGCUGGUGAUACAAUAUGGAAGUCUUCACAUGUCAGAACUUCAGCCGCCUGCUAUCCUUCGUCAUCAUCCUGUGUAUGAUCAUCAUAGGUGGCGUGUACAGAGAUGACUGUCCCAUCAACUACCUGAUCCCCGUCUACCUGAUCGUGUACGGGGUGUUCCUGCUAGUGCCGACUAUCGGUUCCCUCGUGCAUGGCAGGAAGGACCAGGACGAGACGGGUGGGGAGACAGAGGGCGGAGGGUCCGGGGGGCUCGGUCCGGACGAACUGAUGAAGUCGCCGGUGUUCUCCUGCGUCCAGGGAGUCGUGGGAUGCUUCUUGUUCGCCUGGUUCAUUGCGGGUAACGUGUGGGUGUACUCGGCGUACCCGGUAGUAAACAGGGAUAACACCACCAGUACGGCGUACUGUCACUUCGUGCUGUACGACUUCGCGUUCACCGUCACCACGCUGGUGUGGAUCGCCUGCGCGCUGGGCCUGUGUGCCGGCGUCAUCACCGUCGUCUGUUCGGUCGGGAAGGACGGGGAGGAUAUGUCAUAGUUUAAUAGGCUUAAGAAAAUAUAAAUGUAGGAGAUCACAUUGUUAGAAA